CGUCUUUACCAUGUGGGAGGAGACCAGAGCACCCGGAGAAAACCCACGCAGGUCAUGGGGAGAACGUACAAACUGUGUACAGACAGCACCCGUGGUCAGGAUUGAACCCGGGACUCUGGCGCUGUGAGGCAGCAACUCUACCGCUGAGCCACCGUGCCACUCUAACUCUCUGCUCACUGUGUGUUGUAUAGCUGGAGCUGGAGAGUGGCCCAGGAACUCUCGGGAACGAGUUUCGACUCCGUCCAAAGUGCCUCUCCACGGCUUUCAAUACACGGCAGGGGGCAGGCACUGCCCGGACUCCAGCAGCAUCUUGGAGCCCAUCAAAGCCAGCAUGUUGCAAAGAAUCGCCUCCAUCCCAUUGAACACCGGAGCGUUCGACAUGACCUUCUACUCCAUCCUCAUCACCCUCAUGGAGCUGGGAAACUCUGGGAAUCAGGAACACGGAUCUCCGAUGACGGACAAAGAGCUGCAACUGUUGGAGGCCUUGAUGCAACUUCACAGAUUUCUCCACGGUUCCGCCUCUCAAAUAUGGAAGCUGCUCAGCCUAACCCAGACCAUCUGCUCCUUGUUGGACUCUGAGGACACACAGGUCAGCUGCAGAGAGGUCUACACCAUCUUGGCCGAAAAAUGCAGGAAGCUGAUUUCUGACUUUCUGGAUUCUGAUUACCGCAAAGUCUCGUCUGAUUUUGUGACCCUCAGUAGACGUUGGAAGAGGGAGCUGGAGACUUCAUUGUGUGUUUUGUUGGAAGGGCCGCACAGAAAACUUAUCAACAACUUCAAAGUGGUGUUGUGCAUUGGCACAGUCAUGUUGAUUCAAGCUGUGGAACACUCCUUACCCUGGACACCUGUACUAACCCACAUGAAGGCGCAAGCAGAAGAGGGGUCGCGAGGGACAAUCCCGGGCAACAAUCAGGUUUACAGUGAAUAUCCACCCCACGGUGUCACCAAGCUCCCGGUCAACGGGGCACAGAGCAUCGAUGUGGCUGGCAAUGUAUCUAAUGGGCAACACGAUGAACACAAUACUGCCCUCCUGAAGUUCUGUGUGGACUGCCGGCUGGACUGGCACUGGGAACAAUGCUUACAGGCAAUCUUCUCGGAAUCACCUCUCCCACCUAAUCCUUACCCAAUAGUAGCUUCGGAAUUCAUAAAGGCAUCCCUAAGGAUGGACCUGUGGCAGAUGGGAGAUGAGGACAUACUCCGUCAGAUCCUUCAGUGCGCCCCAGAGCUGGUUGAUCAUGAGAAUCACAUCUUCCAAGUUCCGGGCAUCCCGGCGUUUGGGUUCAAGACUGCUCUGAGCACGUUGAAUCCUGACACAUUCCAGAGUAUCCUUGGGGUGACCUCCCUCCUGGGAAACAGCAGCUUCCCACAUCGGUACCAAGACUUCAAGGUGGCCUUGUGUUUGGGUGUGAACACUUCAACUACCUGGCUUGGCUCUUUAAGUCCAUUCCUUACAGUUUUGGAACUGACUGAAUUCUACUACCUUAAAGGUCCUCCAGGCUGCUACAGAGAAGCACUUCAGGCCUAUGCACAACUAGUACAGGGCCAUCUGAAGGAGGUGCUUGGCAAAGUGAAGGGGAUGUUGACAUUCAGAGUGCAGCUUUCCGAGGGUCAGCACUGGAGUGAGUCCGACAUCCUGACCUAUCAGUCAGCAUUCAUCGAGGCCUUCGCUGACAGCGCUGCCAGAGGACAACAAAUAUACCUGAAGGUGAGCAUAGGAGAUGGCCUCCGUCGAAAAAUGCCCGCCAGCCCACCAUGGCUACUCACUGACCUGAAGUAA